CCGGCGGCGCGGCGGCCGCCCCUGAGCCCGGGCAGCGAGGGGCGCGACAUGCCCGCGGUCGCGACAUGCCCUGCACCGACAGCAGCACCGGCAGCGACACCUGCGGCCCGUCCGGCUCCCGCCGCCGCUCCGUCUCCUGAGGCGCUCGGGGACAAAGCUGGCAAAGAUGAGGAAAAUUGGCUGUGCUCUCCUGGUACUCCAAGCUCUUCUGACGCCUUUGGAUCUUGUUCGUGGAGCAGAGAAAAAUUAUCCCAUCCUGAACAUUGCAGUGAUUCUGGGAAGGACCAAGUACAUAACAGAGAGAGAUAUCAGGGCUCUCUGGACCAGGGAAAUGUCAGCAGACCUGACUGUUGAUGUCAAUGUAGUGACCCUUCUCGUGAACCAGACUGACCCUAAGAGCAUCAUAACACAUGUUUGCGACUUGAUGUCAGGCACCAAGAUCCAUGGAGUGGUUUUUGGAGAUGACACUGAUCAGGAGGCAGUAGCUCAGAUUUUGGAUUUUAUUUCAUCUCAGACUUCUAUUCCAAUUCUUGGAAUUCAUGGCGGGGCCUCCAUGAUAAUGGCAGAUAAGGAUGUGAUGUCCACGUUCUUCCAGUUUGGGGCUUCCAUCCAGCAAGAAGCCAUUAUCAUGCUGAAGAUCAUGCAGGAUUAUGACUGGCACGUGUUCUCUCUGGUGACCACCACUUUCCCUGGAUACCGAGAUUUCAUCAAUGUCAUUAAGACCACUGUGGAAAAUAGUUUUGUGGGCUGGGACAUGCAGAACAUCAUCACACUUGAUACCGCCUUUGGAGAUGCCAAGACUCAAAUUCAGCUGAAGAAAAUCCAUUCCUCUGUCAUCCUGCUCUACUGCUCCAAGGACGAAGCUGUCUACAUCCUGGACGAGGCUCGGUCCCUGGGCCUUACUGGCUAUGAUUUCUUUUGGAUAGUUCCCAGCCUGGUUAGCGGUAACACAGAAAUCACUCCCAAGGAGUUUCCUUCAGGACUCAUUUCAGCAGCUUACGAUGAGUGGGACUACACUUUGGAAGCUCGGGUGCGGGAUGGCCUCGGGGUUAUCGCCACUGCCGCAUCGGCCAUGCUGGAAAAGUACUCCGUCAUUCCUGAGGCCAGAACGAGCUGCUAUGGGCAACUGGAGAAGAAUGACAGGCCCUCUCAAACCUUGCACAAGUUUAUGAUGAAUGUGACUUGGGAAGGCAGAGAUUUGUCCUUCACGGCCGAUGGUUACCAGGCACACCCCAGGCUGGUGGUGAUAGUGCUGAACAACGAGCGGGAGUGGGAAAAGGUGGGGAAAUGGGAGAACAACUCCCUGAGCCUGAAGUACUCGGUGUGGCCAAGGUACAGCUCCUUCGCAGACAGCGACCCAGACGACAACCACCUGAGCAUUGUCACCCUGGAGGAGGCUCCCUUUGUCAUUGUGGAGGACGUGGAUCCCUUGAUGGAGAGUUGCCAAAAAAACACCGUGCCGUGCCGAAAAUUCGUCAGGCUUAACAACAAAACUAAUGAGGGAACCAACGUGAAGAAGUGCUGCAAAGGAUUCUGCAUUGACAUCUUGAAGAAGUUGUCGAAAACUGUCAAGUUCACGUAUGACCUGUAUUUGGUGACGAACGGGAAACACGGCAAAAAAGUCAAUAAUGUGUGGAAUGGAAUGAUUGGUGAAGUGGUGUAUCACCGGGCAGUGAUGGCCGUGGGGUCCCUCACAAUUAACGAGGAGCGCUCUGAGGUGGUUGACUUCUCGGUGCCGUUUGUUGAGACUGGGAUCAGUGUCAUGGUGUCACGGAGCAACGGCACAGUUUCACCAUCUGCUUUUCUAGAGCCCUUUAGUGCUUCUGUCUGGGUGAUGAUGUUUGUGAUGCUUCUCAUCGUGUCUGCCAUGGCUGUCUUUAUAUUUGAGUACUUCAGUCCUGUAGGAUAUAACAGGAACUUAGCACAAGGGAGAGAUCCCCAUGGCCCAUCCUUUACCAUUGGAAAGGCGGUGUGGUUGCUCUGGGGUUUGGUCUUCAACAACUCUGUGCCUGUGCAAAACCCCAAAGGGACAACCAGUAAAAUCAUGGUGUCAGUUUGGGCUUUCUUUGCUGUCAUUUUCCUGGCCAGUUAUACUGCCAACUUAGCUGCCUUUAUGAUUCAAGAGGAAUUUGUUGACCAAGUGACUGGACUGAGUGAUAAAAAGUUUCAAAGGCCACAUGAUUACUCACCUCCUUUUCGAUUUGGAACAGUCCCAAAUGGAAGCACUGAGAGGAACAUCAGAAACAACUACCCUGAUAUGCACCUUUACAUGACGAAGUUUAAUCAGAAAGGAGUUGAAGAUGCCUUGGUCAGCUUGAAAACUGGGAAGUUGGAUGCUUUCAUCUAUGAUGCAGCAGUGCUGAAUUACAAGGCUGGAAGAGAUGAAGGCUGCAAACUUGUCACAAUAGGGAGCGGAUACAUCUUUGCCACUACCGGCUACGGAAUUGCACUUCAGAAAGGAUCACCUUGGAAGAGACAAAUUGAUCUGGCCCUCCUUCAAUUUGUGGGAGAUGGGGAAAUGGAAGAGUUGGAGACCCUGUGGCUGACUGGCAUUUGUCACAACGAGAAGAAUGAAGUCAUGAGCAGCCAGCUGGACAUCGACAACAUGGCAGGAGUGUUUUACAUGCUUGCAGCAGCCAUGGCACUCAGUUUGAUAACUUUUGUCUGGGAGCACUUGUUUUACUGGAAGCUUAGAUUCUGCUUCACUGGAGUCUGCUCAGACAGGCCAGGAUUGCUGUUCUCAAUCAGCAGGGGUAUUUACAGCUGCAUUCAUGGAGUACACAUUGAAGAGAAAAAGAAGUCUCCUGACUUUAGUUUGACCAAUUCACAAACCAACAUGUUAAAACUGCUGCGAACAGCGAAAAACAUGACCAAUAUCAAUCCUUCAAGAAUUGACUCCCCCAAAAGAACAGCUGAUUUUAUUCAGAGGGGUUCUUUGAUUAUGGACAUGGUCAUGGAUAAGGGUAACUUGAUAUUUGCUGAUAACAGAUCCUUUCAGACAAAGGACAACUUUUUUGGUGACAACAUAAGCGAACUGCAGACACUUCCUGGCAAUCGACACAAGGACAAUCUUAACAACUAUGUUUUCCAAGGUCAGCAUCCUCUCACGCUGAAUGAAUCCAAUCCAAACACAGUAGAGGUUGCAGUAACAACAGAAGCAAAAGUGAACUCCAGACCUAGGCAGCUGUGGAGGAAAUCUGUUGAAUCUUUACGUCAAGAGUCUGUACGUCAGAGCCAAGGUUCCCAGAGGGAUGACGGGUCAGAGGAAAACAGGCAGCUUUCAGUGAAAAGCCAAAGAUACCUUCCUGAAGAGAUUGUCCAUUCAGAUGUGUCAGAGACAUCAAGCCGAGCUACUUGCCAUAUGGAAGCUGAAAACAACAACAAGCACCACAAAACCAAGGACAACUUCAAAAAAAGGACAGGAGCAUCAAAAUACCCAAAAGACUGUAGUGAAGUGGAACUGACAUAUCUAAAAACCAAGCAGAGCUCUCCACGGGAUAAAAUCUACACGAUUGAUGCUGACAAGGAGCCAGGAUUCCGCUUGGACACACCUCAGUACAUCGAAAACAUUGUCCUUCCAGAAACUGUGGAGUUUCCCGAUGUUUAUCAAGAUCACAAUGACAACUUCAGGAAAGCCGAGCACGCUAAUAGGACUCCAAUGCAUAACGAAGACAGUCUUCCAAACAAUGACCAGUAUAAACUUUAUGCAAAGCACUACACUCUAAAAGAGAAAAAUGCUUCCCUAGCUGAUGAUAGAUACAGACAGAAUUCCACCCACUGCAGGAGCUGUCUUUCCAAUUUGCCCACUUAUGCGGGACACUAUUCGACCAGAUCUCCCUACAAGUGCGAUGCCUGCUUGAGGAUGGGGAACCUCUAUGACAUUGAUGAAGAUCAGAUGCUGCAGGACACAACGAACUUAUCACUUCCUGAAGAAAUAUAUGAGCGUACUUGGUCAACAAGUAAUGCUCUGCAAUAUCAUAAAAAAAAUAAACUGAGGAUUAGCAGGCAACACUCUUUUGAUAAUAUCGCUGAUAAGUCCAGGGAAAUUGAUAUUGGAAGACCUUCUCGUAGUAUAAGCUUGAAAGAAAGAGAGAAACUUAUUCAAAGUAGUCCAUAUGCAAGCAUGUUUAGUGUUCCCUCAAGCAAACUGUUGAGCAACAAGGCCUCACUUUUAACUCAUGCUCUAGAGGACAGUAAGAGGAGCAAGUCCCUGUAUGCUGUUCACUCGGAUGACAAUCCCUUUCUGCACUCGUAUCGUGAUGACCAGCACUUAUCUCUUAGGCGAAGUCCAGCUGACCUUUAUAAACAUUCAUUGCCAACAAGAGGAAGAAAUGAUAAUUAUUUAAGGUCAUCCAUACAGUCUACAGCAUCAUACUCUUCCAGGGAUGGUCGGAUCCAUAAUGACAUGUACAUUUCAGAGCAUGUUUUGCCUUACGUUGCAAAUAGGAAUAGCUUGUACACAACUCCAAGGGUUUUAAAUUCCUGUAGCAAUACACGUGUGUAUAAGAAAAGGCCUAGCAUUGAAUCAGAUGUUUAAAUUUUCCAUGAACACUUUAUCUAUAGGGAAAGAAUAGUUGCCACCAUCUUAGAGGGAGAAUUUAUCCUUUAACAGUAUCCUGCCCUGGUAAAUGAUACGUAAACCUCUCCCUUUCCCAAUGUACUUUUGUACAUGAAUAGGUAAACUGGUAUGCUCUUAACUAUCCUUUUAAAAUAUGUCUUGUUGAAAAGGAUAAAAAUUAGCCAUUUAUAUAUGCGGUAUAUAUAAAUGGCAAGUUGUACUGAAAUAGCCCCAAUAUAUGUUGGCAACUAUGCUGUUUUGUAUCUAAUUCUUUUACUAUUUCGGUUAUUCUAAUUUAUGUUGCUAAGUAUCAUUCAAUGUACUUUUGUCCUUAGAAAUGUUUAAUGAUUUUCUAGUACUGGAUAAGCAAUAUGGUAUGCAUGUAGUAUGACACAGACAACAAGAAUUAGGAAUGCGUUUGCACAGAUUCAAAAGUAAGACUCUAAAAGAGAACAGAAAGCUAGACUUUCAAAAAUAUAUGUUAGCUUCAUAAUCAUUUUCAAAGCCAAGUAAUAAUUUAAAAAAAAAAACAAACCAACCAACCCACAUCCCAGGACCUUAAUAAGUAAAAUACAGUGUUUUAGCACAAAAUUAGUAUGUUCAUUCUAGACUGACAGACAAUAGAUGGGAAGGCAGUAGCCCCAAACAUGUGAACUGCUGUGUACCAAAAGGAAGCCCCAUGGAUAUUGGUUAACGUUCAUGUACAAAUGCUUUUCUUAUAUUGCACAUGCACUUACCAUUACAAAGUAAGUUCAUUGAAAAGUUUGCAGUAAUCUUGUCAGAAAUUCACAGCUGCCUAAUCCAGAGUAUAUAUUUUUAGAUAUCACUAUAUGGCACUUACUAUGGAGCUGUGGACUUUAUUAGUAACCUUGAGGCCUAAUGUGUACCUAAGUUUGCAUUUGCCCCUUACUGGUGAUUACUCAGGGCUGUAUAGUAUUUCUUUUAUUCUUCCACUUCCCAAACCAAAUCCCAACCCACUGUAGUUCUUUGUUCAUAGUGUAUUAGUGACAACUAAUUAAUUGUAUAUUAAUAGUAUUAAAGCUGUUAAUACAGUAUCAAACACCGACAGCCAUAAGUUCAGUGUAAUCAGUGAGGAGUGCAAUACCAUUUAUUUGCAUACACAGCAAAGGAUUAACACCUUCAGAAGGACUUCUUCCUUCCAGAAUAUUGUGCAUAUUUGUUGAACAUCAGACCAUUUUUUUUAACCUCUCCAAUCAAGUCUGUUAUAUAAACUGAAUAUAUGCACACUUAACUAAGUAACAGUAUGUUUAUUAUCACUAACUGAUAUACAAAGAUAUUCACAUUACAGGGGUGCAUUGUUAAAUGACUUUUCCAUUUAGUAAAUGUCAAUCAGGUUCUUUCACAAAUAAAAUGUCUGCUACACACCCCUCCUUACACUGGAAAAAAAAAAACCACUAGAUUUCAACCAUAAGGGAGCGUGAAAGAGAAGAGAGGAAGCCUUUCAGGAGUAGAAUAUACAGCUGUAAAUUUAAUUUAAACUGAAGAAGUAAAUAUAAUUGCUAAUAUAUUUAACUGCUGAAAGUGUUGCACUGGGUGGUGCUCUCCCAUUCUCCUGCUACUCUGCAAAUUGCUUUAGGAUUUUUGUGUAGAGGAAAUUUAGAUUAUUGAAGCAUUUUUCCCUCCAUUUCACUGAAGAACAGUGAACAGGGAAACCAUUAGCACUGUGAAUUGGAAAAUGUGAAUAUUACCCAAACUCUUCUCCAAACUGAAACUCCUUUCAGCAGAAUUGUGCCUGUCAGCUGCAAUUGAAGUAUCUGCAUGCCAGAGGUGCAGUAUGCAAGGUGUUUAAUUUGGAACAGCAUACUGCAGAGCAGAGUUGCAAAUGGGAGAUAAUAUAAAUGAUGUAUAGGGACAGUCAAAAUAAAGCUUUUUGAAUUGUUUACAGCUUUUUUUUAAUUUUAAAUUAUUGUUAUUAUUGAGAAGAUUCAAGCUGACUUUGACUACCAAACAGUCCAGAAUGAGUUAUUGGUAUUUGCAAAUGUAUUUGUAUGUUCACCGUGCUGGUGAAGGAUGAUAUUUUUAAGGAAUGAAAUGUAAUGAGAUUUGGGCUUCCAAGUCUCUUUCCAGCUUCCAGAAAUCUCAGUAAGCUUUAUCAUAAGUGUGUUCAGAAAGCAUAUCUAUGGGUAUCUGUUCACUGUCCAUGUGAAAAUAUGUUUUGAGUAUUCUUUAUUCAGCAUCUGGUCAUAAUUAUUGGCCCUGAUUCACAUGGGAUGCUUUCUGGUUCCUCACUGGAGGCAAUUUUUAUAAACAGAAGUUCCUUACCUGCCAUGCAUAUUUCUUAGGAAUAGUUGUAUGAGCUGAGCAGGGCUAGGGUGGUGUCUAUGGGAUGAACACUACUUAUCAUGAACCCAAACCUUUUCCCAAAGACAUAGACAUGUUUGUCUUAGGUCUGCAGGAAAACAAAUGCACUGAAGGCAUAAGUAAUGCUGUAAUCAGUGUAAUAAAAGUAUUUCAGGCAAAUUUUAAUAUCUGAUCCAAAUUUUGGUAUAUUUACUAAAGUGUGCUGUAUUUCAGCAGAUAUGAUAUUUGCUGGUGUCGUGCCAAAAACUGCCAUGGAAAUUGCUGAGCAUUUUACCAAUCAUGAAAUUCAGUGGUGGCUCUUGUCUUUUGUAUCAUCAUAAAGCUCUCAAAAUAUUUGUUGGUCGCUCCAAGUCUUUUGUAUCAUCAUCUCUAUCCAACCAGACACACCUAAUUCAAUAUAUACACAAGUACUGUAUGUGAAGUUAUGGGAAAGAAAAAUUCCCAUUUCCACUUUCUAAUUUAAACUCUAUAAACUCUUGAGAUUCAAUUGUAAACAUCCUCAACCCAGGUGGGUUUAUCCUUCUGUGAGAUGUACAAGCAAAUUAGUUAUAAUGAAAUAUAUUGCAGUGUUUGCUUUUUCUGAUUUGAACAGAUUUCUGGUGACUGUAGAGAUUUAUUAUUAUUAGCUGCAAUAUGCAAUACAACCAACUCCCCUAAACCAAAACAAAGAGACAGAGGGAAGACUUGGUAAUGUUGCACAGCAGUUGUUCACAUGGAAAUAAAAGAUGCUGCCUUAAAGGAGGAAAAAAACCCCACCAGAUAAUGAAAGUAGAGGGAGUCUGCAUGCGUUUGUUGUUUUGAUCUUGGCAUAAGUAUGAGUCAGUGAAGGGGGAAGGAGAGAAUAAAGUGUAGAGCUGUAGGCAGUAGCUGGUUGAAGAUGUUUACAUGUAAAGAAGAAGCAGCUGAGAAGUUGAAGGAAAAUCUUCAACAGUAGAGCCACAAGCCACAGCUUGUGAGGCUCAGCCAUAGAGCGCGUGGAAUUCGGAAUUUUGCCUGAGCUUUGUUGAUAUAUUUGCACUGACUUUCAAUUAAACUGAGAUCAAGACUUUCUGUAUUUCCCUCUCUCUCACUCUAGCUGCUGCUAUACUUGAAGAGGAGAAAAGAAUCUUCCUGCAUAAGUGGCCAUCCUUUCUGUACCUUUCUGGAUGGUGCUGGUGACUUGUUACAUUUUCCUGAUUACAGCUCUAGCAGUUUGUUGGUCAUUCCUAUCACCAAGAUUUCCUGUGACUCCAGCUGGAACUGAAUCAGGCUGUAAAUGAUAUGGGCCAUUCUUGGUAGCAUGUCCUGUAGUGUCCACUGCUCCUGGAUGACACCUUUUAUGGAGGCAGGAUAUUGAAUUGCUGAGGAAUGCAGUAGGUACAUGGAGGUAAAAACAGCUACAUAGACAUACCUGCCUCUUGCUCUUUUUCUCUUUUAAAGAUAUUGUAGAAUUUCUUCAUGUUUUUGUCUUUCCCUUUUCACCACAGUAAAUUUUCCUUUUUUCUUUCAAAUGGAUUUUGUGUUCUGCUUGUGUUUCUUAGAGCAGUGUAGCCACCCACUAAUUUAAACGCAUGGUAAUAAGGUAUUUUAAUAUAUAAGAUAAAAUUAAGGAAAAUUAAGAGAUUUUGCAUUUUCGGAAAAUUUAAUUUACUGGUUUUGCAGCUUUUGCUCAGACUUCAUUAUUCUGCUAUCUAAGAAGCUUGGUUAGGAGAAAGAGUGCUGUGGACAAACAGAAACGAAAUCACCGCCAGCUCACUGUGUUUUGGCAGCAUCUCAUAAAUACGUGUCUCUUUAUGAUCUUUCAGGAACACUUAAGAGGUGAUAUAAGGCUCACAAGGGAAAUCAGGUGUGGCUUAUUUUUCCUGGUGAAAAUACAUCUUUUUUUUACAUAGCUUUAAAUGAAGCAAAAGCUAGAACUGUGUGUGUAGCUUUGAGUUUCUGUGCUGGAAGGCUGAGCUCUGUCUGUGGCCAGUGGGGGGAGAGAGAGAGAGAGAGAAAGCAAACUCCCUCUGGAUGGAAGUUCAGAGGACUGAGGGCUUGGGAUCACAUAUGUGUGGGAUGUGUCCAGAAAGAUGUUACCUCUCUAUGUUGACCUUUUUAGAAAGUAUAGGUUCCUAACUUAGACAUCUCAGUUAGGUGGGCUUAGAAAAGCAAUAGUCUAUAUUAUCCCCAGCCUCAAGAAAAUGUACCAGUUAAAUCUGCAAGUGAGUACCAGGUUCAACCUUGGAGGUGUGUAUAGGUUCCUGUGCUCAAGCAAGUAGUUGUUUGUGGGGUUUGCAGUAUUCCCUGGUCAGGAUCACUGUUUGCUUUAUACCAUGUAAUAACUAUCCAGCCUGAGAUAAAACUGUCAGAAUCUAUUCCUUGUGGAAUAACUUACUAUUUCUGUAUUUCUGCAGUGUAGCACGUGUGCUUCAGUGAUGGGGAAGGUUUUGGUUCUAUUCCCUCCCUUGCUGGGUUCAUCAACGUAGAGCAGAAAUGGUGUCACGAAUCUAAGCUUAGGUUUAGGAAGAAUUCAAGGGGUGGAUCUUUUUGUUGUUUUACAUUGCAUUUAAGAUGUUUGAUAUAUAAAACCUAGUGAAAACAGAACUUUUAUGGCAAAAUCCCCUCCUCAUUAAUAUAAAAAGUAACUAUCUGUGGCUUGGCUAAAUUGUGUCAAGUGUUAAUCGUCACAUCACGUGCUUCUUUCAAGAUGGAGUGUCAUAUAUUCCCUUAAUAACACUUCCCAGCUCUAGCCCUAUCUUAGCUCAAAAGUCCUUUUAGAGCAGAUACCUUUCCUGUGUAGGGCAAUCUGGUUUGCAACGUACAAACAGUUUUCCAGUGACACACUUAAGUUCCUUGCUUUAUCAAUGUUGUUGUUUGUUUGGGUUUUUUUAAUCUAAACUAACUUCCUGUAGAGAGCUGAGCCUUCCAAACGUAGCAGUGCUGAAGGAACUUCUGAAAGAACAUAAAGGCCUUUUAAAGUAUGACUUACAGUAUGAGUCAUUUCCCUGCCCAAACUCACCUGUACUGUCUUAUUUCAAUGUAUUAGCAACAUGUUAGCGUUUGCUGUCACUGAGGGAGCUCAGUUUAAUCACAGCUGUGUAUUUGUGGAUGUAGAUGUCAGUACAGACAGGUAUAUGGUGUGAGAGAGGAAAGGCUGGAGUCACCUGUGAAGCUGUGGUUAAAUGGGAGCAGCCUCAGGACCGUCCUGUCUCUUGCAUUGCUCUGAUCAGUCUCUGUCUGAUGUGCACCUACUGUACAAAGUGUAAAAUUCCUGUCGAUGCUCAGCUUCCAUUGUGGAAAUAAUGCCAUGUCCACCCUCAUUGCAGUGUCACAGCCGUGUCUGUGGGGUGGGGAGCUGGUUGGUUGUGCUCUCUGGUGUCUCUCACCCUGCUCUAUGGGAGCAGCAAUGCUGCCUUGCUUCUCCCAGCCCUGCUGGGGAGGGUUACUGCACUCUCUGUAAAUAAGCUCCUCAUUUAUUUCCCUCACUCAAGCUUUUAGUUGUUUUUUAUUCUCCCCUGCUUCUCCCGCCCUGUGUGCAGAGUAUGCUCUCCAAAAAUAUGUGCUCUUCCAAAGUCCUGCAGCUUUGGAAGUCAGGAAUACACAGGUGUGCAUCGCCCUGCAAUGCAGUGAAAAUGCACUUAGUUCUUCUCGUGGGUUCAUGAGCUUUUUUGUUACAUACUGCAGAAUGGAUCUGCUGUAGUUGAAACUGGAUUUUUUUUUUUUAACAACUGCCAUUCUAACAGCUGUAAGAAUCCACUGCUGAUUUUGUGAUGAUUUUGUCAUAUCUAUAAUUUAAGAACCAGUAAUAAUAUAAGUAUUUACCUCACUAUUUACCAGGUUUUUGUUGUUUUGCGCUUAAAUGACAAUUUUUACUCCUUUUGCUUAAUUCUUUACCUGUAAUGAAAACAAGCCUAAAUUAGUAGAGAAUAUAACCAUGCUGUAACAUUGUCAUGCAAUACCUUUAUUAAUAGAUAACCACACUAAAUAUAUAUUACAUAUUUAAAAGAGAGAUGGUUUCAACUCUCCAACUCUUAAAAAGUAGUGGUGAUAAGCAGUUAUACUCCUAGAUGUUUUGUCCUUUCCCUUUUGUAUUAGUAUUUGUUUUCACUAAUAUAUUUCAAAAAUUAUAUUUCUGUGCACGUUAUAAAACUGUGAAAAUAAAUACCAAUAAAUAUUGUGAUACUUAUUCAGUGCACUGUAAAGUUCCAAGUGAGAUGAUACUUUGCUUGGGAAUUGAAGAAGGUUUCCUCACUUCUCAGAAAUGGUACUAAGCUUUAAUGUGGGAAAAUGAUAAUAUUUACAGUGACAUGAAAUUUUAAUGGAGAAUGUCUUGUUUUGCACUUCUAGUACUAUUAGAAGAAAUAUGUUUUUCUCAGCAAAUGCGUUAUGAGAAUACAUUUUUAAAUUUGUUUUGUGCAUUACAGUACAUAAGAAUGACCAUUCUGAAGAGAUUUGUUUUAAAUCAUUACUACAGGAUUCUUUUGUCUGAUAAUUAUUUUUCUUAAGCCUGUUUAAUAAUGGUGUUUAAUGGCAAAAACCUUUUGGAAAUGUAUUUUGGCUUCUGUUUCACAUUGCAAACCCUGAACUCGGACUAUAAUAGUGGUGCAGUCGAAGGCCCUCACGAGGUUGCUCUGCCUUUCCACGCCACUGGGGAAGGAGACCUUCCUUGUUCCCAGUUGGGACAAGAUUAGAGGAGUCGAGGACAAUUUUGGAGGAUGUGUUGUGCAACAUUUGAAGUGUAAAUGAUCUUGAAAAGUGAAAAUAAAAAGAAAUUGGAGGUUCACAGUUAGCCAAACGAGGGCGGGGGUGUGUGUCUGUAACAGGCUGUAGGGUGUGCAGUUUCUGGAGGAGAUAAUUUUUGACUAAUUUGAAUUCUAUUUAAGUUUCUGAAAGUAACUGAAAAAAUAGGAGUUUUCUUUUUCUUUUAAAGCCAAAGCCUUUGCUUUCAUACGAGGUUUCACAGGAAAAUGGGCCAAAGAAUACAAUUAAAUAUGCAAAAGGUUAAUCUUAUGGAAAAGGGUAUCCUGUCACCUUGAUAUGCACAAGCAUAUUAAUGGUAAUAGGAACAAUGUGUGUAAUUUUCCUGUAUAUUGCUAUGUAGGUUGCACUAUUUUGAAUGACACAAGCCUGAUAUUUUAAUUACCAAAUACCAUAAAAAGCUGUUUAUUAAUAGUUUAAACUUGUUAACCUAAAUAUAUAUACAGUAUACCCAGGCGUGCGUGCAUACACUUCCCAACCCAGUCAUGUGUGAGUAAUCUCCCAGAGCUGUGGGACACAUUUCAGCACUGCUUUAUUUUAAGUAAUUGUCUUCUCUCCUUCCCAAACAUACCAAACCUCCAAACCCUCUAGCAGCAUUUAUUGUAGUUGUUUGAUACCUAUUACAGAAGGGGCUAAAGGACUCACUGGGAUCAGGGUUGCUUUGUGCUGGGACACGUGGAAACAUGUCAGAGGAGAGUUUCUGUCCAGAGGAGUUGGAACUGAUGCUCACUAUAAAUAACAAAGCCAUAGGAAAAAGAUGUCUUCUCAUACUGUUUGGAAAAAUCUUGGCCAGAGAGGAUCUGUUGGACUUUAAAACACAGUGUCAGCUUAUGUGAUCAUCCACGUUCCGUAAAAUAGAGAAGGAAGGAUACCUCAAGAACCAGAUUCCCAGGAAAGCCCAGCUGGUGUGUGCACCAGUGGCUGCCCCUGUAUUCUCCCAUGCAGACUGGGCAGUUUCCAAAAUCAGUUUUGCACACAGAGACAGGAUUUAGCAGUGGUGGUUAAGGCAGAAUCACUUCUCUGAGUGCACAAGCUUUUGAGCCUGCUAUUGCUGGUGAUGUGGAGAUUUUCACCGAGGAAUGAUUGUGUUAUUGGGCUGCUUUUCUACAUUUGUAGUUCUCUAACUAAAACUUAUGACAAAAGAAAAAAAAAUAGCUUGGAAUCAUGUGUUGGAAGUAAUUUUUUGCAAGGGAGAGUUUCGAUUCUUUCCACCUUAAACAGUAAGUUCUGUGGAGUCAGAUUUUGUCUUUGCUUCUCCAAGUGUGUCUUGGAGAACAACUUGGUUUCAAGUUCUUCGUCUGCAAGAAGAACAUUUUUGUUUAGCUCAUUUUUACCUGGCCUAGGUCUGGAUUCCAAACUUAGGCAAAACACCUUUUGACUUAAAUAGGGAUGUGUGAGUGAGUGAUGGGAGAGCAGAUCCUUACUGCAGUUCACGCUCAGAUUUUAAAGUCCCAAACCAAACCUCGUCUUGCAGAGGUGCAGAAAUUGCAUCACAUAAAAUUGUGUGCAGCUAGGAAGGAAACUAGUGCAGUUGCAAGAAGAACUGUUUGCAGUUUAUUCUUGAUAGAAGGUAUAAUAUUUUGAAAUAGUCUUACUCACUUCAGAACCUCCCUUUUGCACUGAUGAAGAACAGCUUGAUCCCUCUGUCUUCACACCUCACACCCACAUGCACAGUGCAUCUCGUGCCUUCCCUGUUGAAACCAGAAGGUACAAACAGAAUUCAUUAAUGUGUUAGGCAAACUCCUACCUGAUUCUUAACUAAGUACUCCAUUUUUAUGCAAAAUUUGCAUCCAUACAUUCCAGGCUCUCAGAAGCACUUCACCUGUGAGUUAAUAACGUUUAGUUCAUCAGAUUCCAAUUUACACUAAACCUGAAGGGUGUUUUGUGCUUCCUUUCAUCCUGUUUAGGGAUUUUUGUGGGCUUAGAUGAAAAACUAAUAUUUCUGUGCUGCUAAACAAAACUCACCAGAAAUAUUUUUAAAUCUCAAAUUACACUUUAAAAAACAUUUUUACCUGUUUACUUGAAUAAUGUCAAUUUAAUGUGUUGUCCUGAUUAGUCUUUGUAUAUAUACAUGUCUAUAUAUAUAUAUAAGCUAUAUAUAAGCUUUAUAUAUAUAUGUAUAUGUAUAAAGUUUUUGGGGUGAUUGAGGGGCAAGACAGAAAUCCAACAUUUUGACAAAGAUUCUACAAUCAUUUAUUAACAGUUUCAAGUGAUGUAUUGCUGUUGUGAGUUUGAUUAAAAGUUCUUUGCAGUUGAAGUAUGAAAAAUGAAAUGCAACUAAGAAAAUAAGAAUUCACAAUAUUAACUGAGGCUUUUGGUACAAAGAAAAUUAGUUAUUAGUACAGUUGGAACAGUGGUUUUUUUUCUGAUGGAGGAAAAGAACUCCAAUUGUAAUAAUUUGUACUGGUUACAGGGAGCACUAACCUAAGACUGUACACAGUAAAUUGAAAAGCCUAUCACAUCUGUUAUUUACUAGUGCAAUUUACUGUAACACCCUCAAAGUGUCAUAUAUCAAACCAAAGGGUAAGUCACAAAUUUCCAGUUGCUAACAAAGAAUAGGAGAGGUUUCAAGAGCUCUUAACACCUGGGGAAAUCAAUCAGGAUAUUAGAAUAGAAAUAAAAUAAUAUUGUUGAAAUGGAAUCAAGCAUAAAAUAAUUAAUUUUUAAGAGAAUCCAGAAUUUCAUUGUAAAUUCACAGUCUAAUGGAUUCUUCAAAAGGAAGGGUUUUGGGGAAAAAGAGAAUAUUUAAAAUCUAGUUUUGACAUUCCAAUUACUGCCUGUUUUAUUAGGUAGGUUUAGCAAAGUGAGAUGAAUCUUAACACGCAGGUGUCUGCGCACACAACAGUUUUUAUUGUGGUGUUGUGCAGAUACAGGUACACCUGGCUACCCCUGCACCCUUCUGCCCCUGCCUUGGAGAUCCUGGUGGUAGCUGGAGCUACCCAAGAGCACCCAGUGCAGCGUGAAGGAACUGGGAUCCACACACUUCUCUCCUGUGUUACACAUACUGUCUCACUGCAGUUCACCCUGACCAUAUUUUAACCCAGUGCAUGACUGAGUGCUAAUACUGUAUAAAUAUUUUGAAACAUAUCUUAAAAACAAAACAAAACAAAAACAUGUUUGCUUCAAACUUUUUAUGAUAGAGAAAUAUAUAAUUAUUAUGGUUGUCUUACAAAUUGUAUUGUGUUCAUUUUUUUUUGUUAAAUAUGUAGAAAAACAUUAAGGGAAUGGGGGACUUGAAUGUCUGUGUGUACCGAAAUGUAUAUAAAACUAUUUGAGGAGAACACAUGUGCCAAGUAUAACAUGAUGUAAAAAUUGUAAAUAUAUGAAAAAUUCAUUUUUCUAAUAAAGAUAAUUUCUGCCAA